UGGCGACCAACAUUGCACCACACAAACAUGCGAUUGCUAAGUUGACGCUAUUCGUAGCUUUUGACGUAUUUUAAGACUGUCAGUAUCAUAAGGAGAGAUACACACUACCCAACAGUCGUAUUCAGUGUAGCCGAGAACACAAUGUAUCAAACAAAAGUCUCACUAGGUCUUCUUAUAGUCCCUACACUCAUUGUUGUGGGUCUUGGAUUUGGAGGAUAUCUGCUGUGGACCAAGAGUCACGUGACAUCAGAUUCAAGUCGAGUCAAGAAGAAAGUGAAAAUUCGGAAGAAAGGCGAAGGAAUCACUCAUGUGAUUACAACAGCUGCACAGUGGGAAAAAGUCUUUCCUCAGCUUGUUAAAGAUACUCAACAAAUUAGGGUGGUGGGUCUGGAUUGUGAGUGGGUGUUUGAAGAGUUCGUCCGUCACCCCGUGGCCCUGCUGCAGAUCUCCACACAACAAGGCCUCUGUCUGCUGGUGCGCCUCUGUCUGCUGGAGCACAGAGUCCUUCACUCACUCAGACACUUCCUCACGGACAAAGAUGUUUUGAAAGUGGGCGUGGCAGUGAAGGAUGAUGGCAAGAAGCUGUAUCGAGAUUACGGCCUUCCAGUUAACGGCUGUGUAGACUUGAGGUUCAUCAUGUCUCAAGUGGCCCAUAUAUACAACUGUAAGACUCGGGGCCUGCAGGGUCUGGCAGAGUCUGUCCUUGGCGUGAUGCUCGAUAAGGACAACAACAUCCGCUGUGGAAACUGGGAAGCAGAGACCCUCAGUGAACAGCAGAUACAGUAUGCAGCGGCCGACGCUGCUGUUGGUGUGGACAUCUUCACGAAGCUGGUCCUCACCAAGAUGCUGACGAGGAACCCAGAUGAGCUAUACCCCCCAGGGAUGGAGAGUGUGGGGGAGGGGGAGUUUUGGCAGGCUGCUUUAGCCAUGUGUCAGGGGUAUAUAGACGUGCCUUUCUGUAGUCAGAGAUCUCACAACAAAGAAGAUGGUGCCAAACAGCCAGUGAAUAAAGUGGUUGACACAGACAGUCGUGGAGCUCGAGCCUACUCCCCCAGACAACGCCCCCUAGAUUUCCGGUGUCAGCUCCAGACGCUGAGCGGCAAGCUGAUACAACGAUGUGACAUAUUUAAGGCAGAGUGGUACCUUGAGAAGAAUCUUGGAAGAAAGAUCAGCGAUGACCCAUACAUCGUCCAAUUAAAGUAUGAGCUAGAAAUGACAAACGAAGAUGAGGUCCAUGAUAAUCUGUACGAAGACAAUGAGGAUACUGUGGCCAUGUGUGUAGUGUGCGGCCGGACGCAUGCCUUCAUCAAGAAAUAUGUCAUCCCCACAGAGUACAAGAGGUAUUUUCACAGAGUACUUAAAUCAGCACGGCGCUCACAGAAUAUUCUGAUCUUGUGUCCUGACUGUUACCAUCUGAGCUCACAACACGACGCAAUCCUCCGACAGCAGCUGGCCCACAAGUGUAAUGCUCCACUUGACUCAGGAGCCGGCUCCAAAACUGUGACAGAUCAUGAACUUCAGAAGGUCAAGGCUGCUGCUAAAGCUCUCAAGUUCAACAGAGAGAAGAUCCCACAAGCAAGGGUUCAAGAAUUAGAAAGUACUGUGAUGGAUUUUUUUGAAGUUACCUCCCUUGAACCAGAAAUAAUCGAACAAGCUCUAGAAAUGGAUGUAAAAGUUGUCAACAGUUCGUAUGUUCCCCAUGGUAAAAGGGUGGUGAUGUACUACCGAGCUGACAACAAACUAUAUGAGUUUGAGAAGAUGUGGAGGCAGCAUUUCCUUGACACCAUGCAGCCCAAACACAUGCCACAAUUUUGGACGGUGGACUUUAGAGACAAACAGCUUCACCAUGUUCACCCUGAGCAAUCCCAGCGUUCAUCAAUCACUGAAACAUCACGCUCACAUAGACAGUCAAACUAAUGUGGAACGUAGUGUUGCAACUUAUUUCAGAGAUCAUCCAUUUUCGAAGCUCAAGUAUUGUCUCUCUCCUCAUUGUGGUCUGUGAUUUUCAGGCAGUGCCUCGUUUCACAAUACCAGUUACUACAAUAGUUGAUCAUCCAGCAUUGGUUAGCAUGUUGCUGUAUGAAUUGGAUAUAUAUGUUUAAACAGCAAGAGUUAGGGACUGGUAAUUUGUUUGGGGUGGGUGGGGGUGCGGUGUGGUUGGGUGGGGUGUGUGUUAACUGGUCUUAGGACCUAUAUCUUAUUUUGCUGCAACAUUCUACCCAUCCCCGCUUUUAUGUCACUUUUUUUCAUGAGAUCAAAAAUGUUCAGAAUUAAUUUAAUUAAUUCACCAUUGACUAUUUCCAUUUUACCAUAUUGACAAUAUAUGGGAUUUUAUUUUUUUGAUUUACAGAGAAUAUUAACAUUAAGAUUAUGAAGUGAUAUC